UCCUUGCUCCUACUUAGUUGCUAGCUAGUUCAGCAGAGAAAAAGAGAGAAGAAAAUCCGAAUCCGAUGGAGACGGCGACGACGACGACUGCCCUGAAAACCCUAACCCUAACUCCUUUUCCCCAUUUACAAUCACCUUCUCUCCUUCGCUCUCUCUCCUUGCCUCGUCUCGCCCGUCGACUCCACCUUUCUCUCUCCUCAUCUUCUCUGUCUACGGAAGCAGUGAAGAACAACGGUGUUCCUCAUGGAGCGGGAGAAGCACUGGGCAAUGAAGUCGUCCCCAAACAGCAUAAGAUUCUUCAAGUUGUUCUUGUUUCACCUCAGAUUCCUGGAAACACAGGUUGCAUUGCUAGAACGUGUGCAGCAUCAGCCGUGGGUCUACACCUAGUCGGGCCAUUGGGGUUUCAGGUAGAUGAUGCAAAACUGAAGCGUGCUGGAUUGGAUUAUUGGCCAUAUGUGGUCGUUAAGGUUCACAGUUCGUGGGCAGAGUUUAAGCACUAUUUCAACCAACAGGAAGGGGAGAAGCGGUUGCUUGCAUUUACUAAGAGAGGAACAAACAUUCACUCAGAUUUUUCUUACAGAAGAGGUGAUUAUCUUAUAUUUGGCUCCGAAACCUCUGGCCUACCACAGGAAGCCCUGGAAGAUUGCAAAAGCGAAGAGUUUGGAGGCGGAACUGUAAGGAUUCCGAUGGUCGAAACAUAUGUCAGAUGUCUGAAUCUCUCUGUCAGUGUUGGAAUAGCUUUGUAUGAGGCUUCGAGGCAGCUAAAGUAUCAGCAGCUUCAGUUUUCAUCGGAGAAUUGUAGUGAUAGUGAGCAAUUCCGCCGCCGCCGCCACCGCCGCCACAUGUAUGGGAAUAGAUUCAACAAGGAUGACUUUGAAGUAGGAGAGUUUGCGCUAUGCACGAGAAGAGGGCGUUGUGAAGGCAUGAGAAUGGAUUAGCCGCUUCACCGUGGUGAACCUUGCUUACUCAACUGUCGGUACAUGUGCAAUGCGCGCCGUCGUCACUCGCCAGUUAACUACUAAUUUAGCUUAGGUUAAUAUUCUUAAAGAAGGAAAACUAAGCUAAUCAGGAGUUUCCCUAAUCCAGCUUGUUGCUUAAUUAAGAUGGAUGUUUUUUAUUCUAGCUUUUCCUUUGAUCUGAUGAGAUAACAAGUGUUUGUCAAGAUUAUAUAGCAUAUAUUUUUUAUGCCCCAUUAAUUUGACUGAUAAAUAGAUACAGUAAUAUUAUACACACACACACA